AUGUCCACACAAUUAUAUCCUCCAUCCCAUCAAUUCCCAAUCUCCGCAACUCCUCAACAACAACAACAACCUCUAACAUCGCUUGUUCCACCCACCACAGGAUCCUCCACCCAACGAUCACCUUCUCCUUUCACUGCUUCAUCAACUCCUCAAGCGGUGACUCUUAUAAAAACCGAACAACAUGCAAAAUCCAUUUCAGAGACACAAGAUCCAAAUGCAAAGGAAGAAGAAGUGAUUUGGAUUCUUCCACAGACGUUUCUGAGUGUCUUUUCAACACCACAUCAUCCAGUGUCGAGUUCGAAAUGUCACUUGCCAAGAGAUGCUGAUGAAUUUUCUUCUCCCUUCAGCUCCUAUGAACCCAUAUUAAAGCAAUAUGAAAAGGAACAUGAAGGUGACAUUCCACAAGAGGAUCUUCUUGAAUUGAAUCCUUCUCAAUAUCUUCUAGAAAAGUUUCCCUCAGAAAAACAAGUCGAACAAUUGAUCACUCAAAAAGCAUGUCGUACUCGAAAAAAUUUAGAACAAAUUCAAAACAAUGAAGGUCGUUACUGUGAAGUCUCCUAUCCAGAUGUCCAUUUGAAAUUGUGUUUGUACUACUUUUUGCAUCAGCAAUGUUGGUACGUCGUUGGCUUAAAAUUCAUCAACACAAAUCCCGAGUUGACAAAAAUAGAAGCUGUGGAUUUGGUGGAAUGCAGAGCAGUCAUUCCCACACUCAAUUAUGGUGAAUGCACUGGAGGAGGAACUUCUCCUACUUCUGGAUUGUGGCGUCAAUUUGAAACAGAAUAUGAAUACACAUUCCAAUUGGUGUUGAAUUCGGGCGCUGUUUAUGAGCUGAUUGUGAGUGGAUUGGGAAUGAUUCAUUUUCAAAUGAUGAGCACACGACCUCAACAACCAGAACAAUCGGUCAAUGUGGCAGGAGAGAAUGAAAAUGAUGAUUUUAGAGGAGAGAUUGAAAUUUAA